CAGCAGGCCCCGCGCGGCACCCGCGCAGUCGGUGACCUUCCCGGUUGAGCGGUGUCCACCGAGGCCUGGGCGGUUGGUCCUGCGGAGAUGCUUCAAAGCUUAAUUAAAAAUGUCUGGGUCCCUAUGAAGCCGUACUAUACCCAAGUCUACCAGGAGAUCUGGAUAGGAAUGGGGUUGAUGAGCUUCAUUGUUUAUAAAAUCAGAAGUGCAGAUAAAAGAAGCAAAGCCUUAAAAGGUUCAAGUCCUGCGCCUGCUCACGGUCACCAUUAACCAGUUCUCGAGUACCCACGAGAUGAAGCCUCAGUCUGCCUGUAAAUUUAAGCAAGCUGUGUUAGAUGGGAGCACAGAAUGUCACUGUACACCUCCAUCAGCAGCGUUCACUCUGCGGCAUGAAUAAACGCACCUGUGAGGUGCACCACCC